GUCCUUGUUAAGAUAAUAAUUGAUAGAUGUCUGAGUGCAGGGUGAUGUUUGUUAUAGUCACAUUCAGAACCUCUGAACUUAGUUUGCUUGUCAACGCUUCCACAUGGAGGUUCAAAAAGCAGAUCUUUUAUUUUGUCUUUUCCUCUUCUCUGUUUUCCUAACGGACUACACUGAAAGUACAGCUGCAGAAGAUUGUAUGCACUGCAGAGGAGACGACUACAGAGGCAACAUCUCCAUCACUGAGAGUGGACACACCUGCCAACGCUGGGACUUUGAUCCAAUACGUCGGUUCAAACCGUCAGCAUACCCUGAGGAGAACUUGGAGGAUAACUAUUGCAGGAACCCUGAUGGAGAGCUCAGGCCCUGGUGCUAUUCCUCAAAUCCAUCCGAACGCUGGGAGUACUGCUCUAUUCCUAAAUGUAGAACUGAACCGUCCACAAUUGUACCAGAGCUCACCUGUAUUACUGGAGAUGGAAGCUCUUACAGGGGAACUGUUUCUGUUACCAGAUCAGGGAAAACUUGCCAGAGCUGGACAUCUCAAACACCUCACACGCAUACUAGAACUGAAGAAAACUACCCCUGCAAAGGUCUUGUAGAGAACUACUGCAGGAACCCUGAUAAUGACAGAAUGCCCUGGUGUUUCACCACAGACCCCAAGACCCGCUUUGAACACUGCAAUGUGCCCAAAUGUGAUGACCAACCUAAAUCUGGUCUGUAUUAAUGGAAAUAAAAUAACAUUUGAAAUAAGAUUUGGCCACAGUAUAUAAGAUAUAUGACUAUUUCUUUCCAACCAGAUGAUCUGAAAUGUGCACAGCCACACUGUUGAAAAAAAUUAAUGUAAUUUUACAGGCAAUGGUCUGUAUUGUUUUACUGAAUAUUUACUGUACAAAAAACACUACUUUUAAAAUGACUGGAAAAUAACCAUAAUUUUAUGUUACAGAAAUAUUAUGUUUUUUAAAAAGGAAUUUAUAGUAUUUUUACAGUUCCCAAAAUGUAAAGAAGUAAAAACAUAUGUAAAAUUGAAACUGCUUUGUCAUUAAAAGUAGUUGAAGGACAUUAAGCAUUUAAGGUAUUUUACAGGUCAACUGAAAAUUCUACAGACACAAAUGUAAUUUAUUUUGACAUUUAUUUUUGUUCUCACCUAAACAACAUACAACUUUGCAUUUUGACAACGUAAAUAUAGUGUGUA